AUGGUGGCGCUGAUGCACAGAUGCACUGUAGAUGGUAUACUAUGCCCAAAAUACAACUGGCUUGGGUAUUCUUUUGCAAUGGGGAGAGAAGGGUUCUCUGAUGCCAUAUUUGGCUGCACUGUUGGCUGUUGGAGGACAGGGCUGAUGCACGCAUUCAACCGAAGCGCGUCAGCCAGCACAAAGAAUGGAGGUGCAUGGCACACUGCCCUGGGCUCCAGCGGUGUGGGAGCUGUGCAAGCAUGGCCCACAGCACAUGUAGCCUUGGGCGUACAAAAUGCACCACCCCGAUCGCCUGAGGGAAUCCACGGAUUGCGAACCGUAUGGCCGUAG